UCCGAAGAUGCCACUCCAUUUGGGCUGAAGCUGAAGCGGACGCGGAGGUACACGGUGUCCAGCAAAAGUUGCCUCGUGGCUCGGAUUCAGCUGCUCAACAAUGAGUUUGUGGAGUUUACCCUGUCGGUGGAGAGCUCAGGCCAGGAGUGUCUGGAGGCCGUGGCCCAGAGGCUGGAGCUCCGAGAGGUGACGUACUUCAGUCUGUGGUAUUACAACAAGCAGAACCAGCAGCGCUGGGUGGACCUGGAGAAGCCGCUGAAGAAGCAGCUGGACAAGUAUGCCCUGGAACCCACCGUGUACUUCGGAGUGGUUUACUAUGUGCCCUCUGUCUUCCAGCUGCAGCAGGAGAUCACAAGAUACCAGUAUUACCUGCAGUUGAAAAAGGAUAUCUUGGAGGGUAAAAUCCCCUGCACGCUGGAACAAGCGAUUCAGCUGGCGGGUCUGGCUGUCCAGGCGGAUUUCGGAGACUAUGACCAGUAUGAGUCUCAGGAUUUCCUGCAGCGCUUCGCUCUGUUUCCUGUGGGGUGGAUCCAGGAUGAAAAGACGCUGGAGGAGACAACUCAGAAUGUCGCUCUGAUUCACCAAAAACUGCGGGGUCUCUCUCCCCCGGAGGCCGAGAUGCUGUAUAUGCAGGAGAUUGAGAGGCUGGAUAACUACGGCGAGGAGUCUUACCCUGCCAAGGACAGUCAAGGUGCCGACCUCUCCAUAGGGGCGUGUCUAAAUGGUAUCUUCGUGAGACACAAGAAUGGCCGGCCGCCCGUCGUGUUCCGGUGGCUGGAUAUCGCUAACAUGUCGCACAACAAAUCUUUCUUCACGCUGGAGUUGGCCAGUAAAGAGGAGACCAUCCAGUUCCAGACCGAAGACAUGGAAACGGCCAAGUACGUGUGGAGGAUGUGUGUGGCCCGGCACAAGUUCUACAGGAUGAACUGCAAUCUGGUCUCCCCAGAUCCUCCUCCUCCCUCCACGGACAGGUCCCAGAAAUCUCUCUCUCUUCUGUCCUUCCAACGCUUUCCAAUUCUGUGCCGCCCUUCUGCUCCUAAAGGAACGACUCAGGCGGUGAAUCCUGUGCGACGAAGAUCAUCAACGCGGAUCUCUCUGCAAAAGCACCAGCCGUAUAUGAUGCCUCCUCCCCAGAUGCAUUACAAUGGACACUACAAUGAGCCUCAUACCUCCUCGCAAGACAAUCUCCCAGUGUUUGUGAACAAUCAGAAUGGAUAUUAUUACCACUCGCAGACCAGCCUUGACCGCAGCCCACAUGAUUACAACGGCAGAAUCCGGAACGGGAGCGUCUACAGCGCCCACAGCACCAACUCCCUCAACACCCAGCAACACUACAUGCAGCCGUCGCCCAUGUCUUCCAAUCCCAGCAUCACAGGAAGUGACAUCAUGAGGCAGGAGUACAUCCCCUCCCACCGCCACAGUGCCCUCAUCCCGCCCUCCUAUCGUCCCACCCCGGACUAUGAGACGGUCAUGAGGCAGCUGAACAGGGGCAUAAUGCAUUCAGACAGGCAGAGCCACUCUAUGAGAAAUCUCAACAUUGGCAAUUCCUACGCUUACAGCAGGCCCGAUGCCUUGGUAUACAGCCAACCCGAAAUCCGGGAGCACGCCCACUUCACCUCUCCCCAGUCCCAUCACUAUCCUUUCAACCUCAACUAUAGUUUUCACAGCCAGUCUCCUUACCCUUACCAGGCUGAACGGCGCCCAGUUGUAGGCGCGGUCAGCGUUCCGGAGCUAACGAAUGUCCAGCUUCAAGCUCAGGACUAUACGGCCUCCAACAUCAUGAAAACUCAGGUCUAUCGGCCCCCACCUCCAUACCCGUAUCCACGCCCCGCCAACAGCACCCCAGAUUUGACCCGACACCACGCGAGCAGCAGCAAUCCAGACCUGAUCACCAGGCGAGUCCAUCAUUCUGUACAGAUGUUCCAGGAGGACAGUCUUCCCGUGGCUCAUUCUCUCCAAGAGGUGAGCGAACCGUUGACCGCGGCGCGCCAUGCCCAGCUGCAGAAGAGGAACAGCAUUGAAAUAGCUGGGCUCACGCAUAGCUUCGAUGGGAUGAGGGUGAAAGAGAGGACCACCUCUUCACCUGCAGCCAAUGUGCCACCACAGAGGAUCAUGCCAACAGACUCACAGUCCAACGUUUACAUAGAACGUACCAAAGAGGAGCAGAGUGCCGAGCAUGACCGAGGGCGAUACGGUCACAAGAAGUCUCUUUCAGAUGCCACCAUGCUUAUUCACAGUAGUGAGGAUGAUGAAGAGGACACAGAGAUAGACAACAGAACAAGUGUUUCCCAGACACCUCUCUACGACCGAUCCCAACUCCGGACAGUAAUUGAGACCUUCCGCGAUGAGUCAGAGCCAAGCUACCCAUAUAGUUCCAUGCCCGUUAAUCACCUACAUAUCUACGAGCACAAACCGGCAGAGGUGGAGAGAGAGAGGAGACCGACAGCAGUCAGCCCAGUACAGUUCAGCGGGGAUCUCUUGUCCAACAGGAGAGGGAGUGGAACCAUUGCUCCUUCAGUGUCCGAGUCUGACCUCACGGCUGUUACUGUCCGGUACCGAGUGAAAAAGGAUCCUACGAAGAAGAGGCCGGUGUCUGAUUUCCUAUCCAGCAAGAAGGAUAUUGUUGAAGGUCUUCCACCCUCAGGGGGCAUAAAAAAAGGUACCCGGACGGAAGCUAAAAAAAUGGGGCCUCUAAAACUGGCCGCUUGGAAUGGAUUAACAUUGCCCCGUAUGCCCCUACCGGACGAAGAUAGAGAGGAGCCCAUCAGAGCGUCCAAUGAUGAGCGGUGUAAGGUCCUAGAGCAGCGGCUGGAUCAGGGAAUGGUCUUCACAGAGUAUGAGCAGACCCUCAAGAAACGGCUGCCGGACACGGAGUGCUCCAUAGCACGGCUCCCUGAGAACGCAGAACGCAACCGUUUUCAGGAUGUGCUACCGUAUGACGACACGCGCGUGGAGCUAGUCCCAACGAAAGAGAACAACACCGGUUACAUCAAUGCUUCCCACAUAAAGGUGACUGUUGGUGGCAUGGAGUGGGAUUACAUUGCCACGCAAGGUCCCCUGCAGAACACGUGCCAGGACUUCUGGCAGAUGGUUUGGGAACAGGGUGUGGCCAUAAUUGCUAUGGUAACACUUGAAGAGGAGGGAGGGAGAGACAGGAGUUACCGAUACUGGCCAAGGCUGGGGUCAAGGCACAACACUGUCACCUACGGCCGGUUCAAGAUCACCACCCGAUUCCGCACAGACUCCGGCUGCUAUGCCACCACCGGCCUGAAGAUAAAGCACCUUCUGACUGGCCAGGAGAGGACCGUGUGGCACCUGCAGUACACCGACUGGCCGGAACACGGACAUCCAGAAGAUCUGAAGGGGUUUCUCUCCUAUCUAGAAGAGAUCCAGUCAGUCCGCCGCCAUACCAAUAGCACAGGAGACCCCGCAAGUCCCAACCCGCCAGUCCUGGUUCAUUGUACGGCAGGGGUCGGCCGGACAGGGGUGGUCAUUUUGUCGGAGAUUAUGAUUGCAUGCCUGGAACACAAUGAGAUGCUGGACAUUCCUCUAGUGCUGGACAUGCUGAGACACCAGCGGAUGAUGAUGGUGCAGACAAUCGCUCAGUACACCUUUGUAUACAAAGUUCUCAUUCAGUUCCUGAGGAGUUCCCGGCUCAUCUGACUCCCCCCUCGUGGGCCAGCGCAGCUACUGCAGGAGAUACAGCUGAAUAUACCUCCGGUGUUGAGGAAGGAAACCAGACUAGGCCAUCUGUGCGCAAGAGUUGCUAAAUUGCUGGGCGAUUUACUACGGACUGUAUGUGGCCGCAGUUGGAUCCGUGGUCUUGGGUUGCACUGAGGUAUAAAUAGACUCCCUUAUUUCUACUCCUGGCCGCUACCCAUAGCCGGGUCCAGGUUGAGCGUAACAUCUUGGGUCUACAAAUCGGGAAGGUGAAAUUCUCCUACUCCUACAGUGCCCAUAUUAAAGCCUUGCAAGUGCCAGUUGUGCAGGAUGUGCCACCACUAAGGGGGGGCAGUAUGACAAUUUGCUACAUGUAUGCCUUUAUAUCGGCCGGUCUUCUACAGCAGCCAGAUGAAAAGGACGAUGCACAUAUUAACAGUAUUAUAUAGAGCUCUGAUUUUACUGGUUGAAAUCAAAUCUGACGCUUGUGAUGUUUUCUUUCCUUUUUUAUGUUAUUUGAGUUAUUUAUGAUUUUUGCAGAUGUUUUUAACCCAACGCGUUUUACUUACGAGCUGCCUACAGUGAGCCUGGAAGGAGGGAGUAAUGCGGCCAGUAGGGCGGGGGUAGUGUACGUGGGGAGACUAUUUGGUGUACAUCUGGACAUUUUAAGGUUUUUCUUUUUUCUUUUUUUAAGAUUUCUAGCCCCAUAUAUGGCCUGAGAUAGGAGAGUACGCAUGCGGGUUGUAUACGGAUUAUUCCUGAGCUAUCUAAUAAAUUGGCGGCCUCCGGUGAUACUAGGUUUUGUACAAAUGAAGAAUUUAAAGUGGUAAAACUAUUUUGUAUUUUAAGGUUUUUUAUCUUAUUUGUAUGGAAAGUUAUAACUUUGCACACCAACAAUCUCUUAUAAUAGACCUAUCAAUUUCCAUAUAUAUAUUAUCAUAUAACCUUCAGACUGCAGCAGCGCUGACCCCGUUGUGUUUAAUGAGGCCACAACACAAAGCCAAGAUCUCCUUUCUCUCCGGAGUUGUGACAUUGCGGCUCUCUUCUCUUCUCUCCUCUUGUCUCCUCUUGUCUAAUCUCCUCUUGUCUUGUCUCCUCUUGUCUUGUCUCCUCUCCUCUUGUCUCCUCUCCUCUUGUCUCCUCUUCUCUUGUCUCCUCUUCUCUUGUCUCCUCUUCUCUUGUCUCCUCUUCUCUUGUCUCCUCUCCUCUUGUCUCCUCUCCUCUUGUCUUCUCUUGUCUCCUCUCGUCUCCUCUUCUCUCCUCUCCUCUUCUCUUGUCUUCUCUCUUCUUGUCUCCUCUCCUCUUGUCUUCUCUCCUUUUGUCUUCUCUCGUCUCCUCUCAUCUCCUCUCUUCUCUUCUCUUGUCUUCUCUCUUCUUGUCUUCUCUCUUCUUGUCUCCUCUUCUCUUGUCUCCUCUCCUCUUGUCUCCUCUCCUCUUGUCUCCUCUCCUCUUGUCUCCUCUCCUCUUGUCUCCUCUCCUCUUGUCUCCUCCUCUUGUCUCCUCUCCUCUUGUCUUCUCUCCUUUUGUCUUCUCUCCUUUUGUCUUCUCUUGUCUCCUCUCGUCUCCUCUCCUCUUGUCUCCUCUCCUCUCCUCUUGUCUCCUCUCCUCUUGUUUCCUCUCCUCUGCUCUCCUCUUGUUUCCUCUCCUCUUGUUUCCUCUCGUCUCCUCUCCUCUCCUCUUGUUUCCUCUCCUCUCCUCUUGUCUCCUCUCCUCUCUCCUCUCCCUUUAGGAUUUUUCUGUUUCUUUUUCUCCUGUGAGACAUGGUAGUUUAGGUUUGUGAUUUGGAAAUGCGAUUUGAGGUGUUCGGCUUGCGGGACGUAAUUCAUUUAUUGUUUUGUAUUUCUAUGUUGGAAAUCAUUUAACAUUUCUACAGGACAAAAUGACUUCUACUAACAAACUGAUGGGGCAGAUUGCAAAGCAUAUAUAUAUAUUGGUGAGAUGGAUUCAUCAGUCUGAAUAGUAUUUAAUAACACGCACCCUGUGUCUGUCAAAUGCUUGUUGUCAACUUAUUGCCGGCGUUGUAUGUAUCUGUCACAGUGGCCUCCUGUUAUUACAUGGAUGUAGUAAAUCAGACAUUUGCUGCGAUUAUUCUCAGACCUAGAAUAACCCAAUAGCGGAGCUGUGUCGGCUCUAUAGAGGUAGGUAGCGUUUACCUACAAUGUACCGUGUGAUCACGGGGUAACUCUGCCCUAGUACCACAGAAACAAAUCUGUAAUUGCCGUGUAUCUGUGGUUGGUGCGGAGUCAGUACGUACAUGCGGUCUAGGUAAUUGAUCCCUCAUAACACCAUGGGCUAAAUUUACUAUGUUGCGCUUUUCAAGUCGCAGUAUCGGCCGCUGGAUUUAAAGGGCAAUAAUAUAAAGUACAAACGCUCCUGGUUUGGUAUAGAAAGUACUGCCACGGUGGCUGAGGCGGUAGCUUGUAAUAGCGCUGCUUAGUAGAUUUAGCCCCAUGCGUAUCAGCAGUUGCUAUGUACCUCUGUGCAAUAUAGCUGUAUAUCUUCCAUAGGAGUACUUACCUUCUCCCAGUGGUGCCCAUCUGUACACACAUUGUGAUGUCUCCAGGUGCGAUGUCCGGCUUGGGAAGUUCUCAAUAUGACACUUUCUGGUUUUAAUUUACCCUAAUUGCUAUUUUACCCUGCAGUGGCAGAAAACAAGUGACGCGGUGCCCGCAGUGACUGGUUAGGGACGGGAUGGGUGUGAGACCCGGGUGUAUGGAAGUGAGGGCGUGCGCAGGUUACGGUAGGUUUUCAGUCAUCUACAGUAUGGCAGGAAUUUGCUGUGGUAGAAUACAGCCAAUCAGACAUUCUCUUACUGCAACCUGUACUUAGUCUGGUGACAGCUGGAGCCUGAUUGGCUGGUAUGAGCUUACAUUUACAUAGCAUGGUGUAAGGGCUGGAGUCUGAGACCUCCCGGCUACACGUUUCUGUACUGGGAGUACCACCAUUUUAUGAGUGAACAGAGGGGGGAAAUGCUGUCGGUCUUUCCCAGUUAUUGAACUACAAGUCCCAGCAGUAGAGCAUGUUAGGAAUACUGUAGAGCCCUGAGGUAAGAUGUGACUGCCUCGUGGUCCUCAUCACAGUGUAAGAUACGGGAGAUGCGUUUCCUGCCCGAUGUGACGCAUCCUGCGGAAUAUGGUUGUAGUAUAGGUAACUGCAGACGGCGACGUUGGUUAUUACACGGAGGAUGUAUAAUCAGCGCCCUGCUGUGUGAUAUUACGUGGACAGUCUGGAUAAUGGGACAAGUAACUCGAUGGAAACUCAUUUCUGUACAGUUCCCCCAAUAUCUGCUGUAGAGCGAGGUGUUAUGGAUGCCGGAAGUGGCGGGUAAAGUAUGUGGGUGUAAGUGACUGUGUAAGAGAAUGUGUAACACAAGUGGGACCGCAGUGUGUAACCAACACACGUGUAUAGUGGACGCCCAUCCUUAGACAGGCACAUCCUGCUCAGCUGCACUGUUAAUGGCUUAUCAGGGUAAAUCUGAAACAGCGGCCUGUAUUUCGGCUGGGUAUACAUCAGAGCGAUGUGUUCCCAGCCGAUAUCCCUGCCGUGACAUUGCACCGUGCGCACACACUAUCCGUGCAGUUGUGUGACGGCACAAUGUAAUACAUGUAGCAGCAUGGCCAACCAGAGAAUAUAUUGCGCAAUUCAGGAUACACACUGAACGCUCUGCACAUUCCAAUUACCUUGGAAACGACAAAUUGCGCUGGUGCGGGUCUGGUGUGUACCGGGCCUGGGGAACACGGGAUAAUAAUAUACACCUGGUUAUUCCAAGCCUCGCAACUUCCGAUGAUCAACACAAAUGACUGCGCGGCGUAUGCUUAACAAAACGUAUUCUUCAGCCAAAUAACGUAACAAAUCACAUUUACUAAGUUACAUAUACAAAUAAAAUAUCCGGAAAUAUCACAAUGUGUAACUAUGAAGGCGUUUACAAUUGGAUACAAUUAAGAGAAUAUUUAGUCCAGUCUUAACUCCGAUCAAUGUAACACUGGAGCAGCAAACAAGUCUGUGCCGGAGUUAUAAGGAGCUGACGCUCUGAUACCCACUGUAAUACACAACAGGUUCAUCCUAUAUAGGAUUUCACUACGGCUUAAUACAUAGCUGGCACCCCUGGGUGACGCGUUUCGCAGCCUCUCCUACACCUAUACAAAGGUGUAUUCCUAUACCUGUAUCAUAAUGUACAAUCUGUGCGCCUGUGCCAGGUGGAAGACAUAUUACAGAUUCUGCUUGUUCUUCCCAAUAUGUAAUAUAUGUGAUAUUUUAUGCAAAAUGAACAUAGUAUAUUUUUGCCAUGGAAAUAAAUAUUUGGAGCAGUU